CCCAACACAGUAGAGUUUGCAUGUGAUUUGAGUCUAGAGAGAAUAGUGUUCUUUGAGCAUGCAGCUCCAACUUGAUUCCCAGUUUUUCAUGUCCAUUGUAUUUCUUGGUUUUGUUGGAUUGUUGUGUCGUUUAUACACUUCCUUGGUGGAGAACCCAAAUAGGCUUCGCUCUAAGCUAAUGAAGCAAGGUAUCAGUGGUCCACCUCCAACUAUACUGCUAGGAAAUAUUGUGGACAUAAAGAAAGCUCGGUCUACCACUUCAAAUUCUCCUUCUUUUGAAAUCCCUGUCUCUCACAACUGUGCUUCUGUUAUCCUUCCAUUGUUUGAUAAAUGGAAGGAACAGUAUGGUCAAGUGUUCAUGUUUUCUCUUGGAAACAGACAAAUACUGUGUGUGAGUCAACCUGACAUAGUGAGAGAUAUCACCACAUGCACAUCCUUGGACUUGGGGAAGCCUUCAUAUCAACAGAAACAACUAGGGCCUUUGCUGGGUCAAGGUGUUUUAACUUCAAAUGGAACUACAUGGGUGCAUCAAAGAAAGAUCCUAGCUCCAGAACUAUACAUGGAAAAGGUUAAGGGAAUGAUGAAUAUAAUUAGUGAGUCUGCUAUAUCUCUGCUAAACUUGUGGAAAAGUAGAACAGAAGCAGAAGGUGGAGUUGCUGACAUAAAAAUUGAUGAGUACAUGAGAAAUUUCUCUGGGGAUGUUAUUUCAAGAGCAUGUUUUGGAAGCAAUUAUUCCAAGGGGGAAGAAAUUUUCUUGAAACUUGGAGCUCUCCAAGAGAUCAUGUCCUGGAAAAAUGUUUCUAUUGGGAUCCCUGGCAUGAGAUACCUUCCAACAAAGACCAAUAGAGAAGCAUGGAAAUUAGAAAAGGAGGUGAAAAAAUUGAUACUACAGGGGGUGAAGGAAAGAAAAGAAACUAGUUUUGAGAAGCACUUGCUGCAAAUGGUUCUUGAAGGUGCUAGGAAUAGUAAUACAAGUCAAGAGGCCAUUGACCGAUUUAUUGUUGACAACUGCAAGAAUAUAUACUUGGCAGGCUAUGAGACAACUGCAGUUGCAGCUACAUGGUGCCUGAUGUUGCUGGCCUCAAAUCAAAAUUGGCAUGACCGUGUUCGGACUGAGGUGCUAGAAAUUUGCAGGGGUAGUAUCCCAGAUUUUAAUAUGCUUUGUAAGAUGAAGCAGCUAACAAUGGUUAUUCAUGAAUCAUUGCGCCUUUAUCCCCCUGUAGCUGUGGUGUCAAGGCAAGCCUUCAAGGACAUGAAAUUUGGUAACAUUGAUGUCCCCAAGGGUUUUAACCUUUGGAUAAUGGUAGUAACUUUGCAUACAGAUCCAGAUAUCUGGGGAGAUGAUGCCAACAAAUUCAACCCAGAAAGAUUUGCCAAUGGAACCAUAGGUGCUUGUAAGUUGCCACACAUGUACAUGCCCUUUGGCGUUGGUCCACGAGUGUGUCUUGGACAGAAUUUGGCUAUGGUUGAACUUAAGAUGCUGGUAGCUCUCAUCUUGUCCAAAUUCACUUUCUCCCUCUCUCCACGAUACGUUCAUUCGCCUACUCUUAGGUUGCUCAUAGAGCCUGAGCAUGGAGUCCAUCUCUUGGUGAAAAAACUAUGAGUUGUUCCUUGAGAGUAGUAGUUAUAUGAAGAGAUAAAUGAUAGAGUUUGUUAUGAUGUGUGAAAUUUUAUAUAGCAAAUUAAGGCUUCCUUAAUGCAGGGGAUGCACUCACACCCCCAAUGAAUUGUAUAAUAUUGUUUCACUAGUUUCCUAUUUCCAUAUGUCAAAAAUAAGCAAUAAAAAGAACUCAACACUCAUCAUUA